UUACAACCCAGUCCGUCUUUGUUCUCAAUUUCCAUUGUCGCAAUUGCACCGCGUUUUGUCCAAAUAAAGUCUAAAAUAUUGUUGCCGUUAAAAUGCCUCCGUCGCAAAGAAGGCGCCGUCCCGUCGAGGACGACGAAUCCGAAGAAGACGCCCGCCCUCCACAGCGUCGCCAUCGUGUAGAUUCGGACGCAGAGCCUGAAGAAGAAGCAAGUGACGACGAUACGGAUAUGGACGCCCACCCUGGUCAAAGUGCCGACGACCAACUGGCCAAGAAAUUGAUCCGAUAUGCGAUUUCUUGCGAGUACUCGAGAACAGUAAUACGGCGAGAUGGAAUUAAAGAGCGAGUUCUUGGAAAUCAAGGGCGAGCAUUUAAGCGCAUCUUCGCGGUGGCGCAAAUACAGCUAAAGGAAGUCUGGGGUAUGGAACUUCGGGAACUGCCGGUCAGGGAGAAAAUGACCUUGCAAGAGAAACGCCAAGCGAUGAAGAGCAAUUCACAACCGAAGAUAGGAUCAGGCGCCUACAUCCUCUCCUCAACAUUGCCAAGCGCCUACCGAACAGCAACUAUUCUGACCCCUUCCAAAACCCCGAGCUCAGACGACGAGGCAACCUACACAGCCUUCUACACCAUGGUCAUAUCUAUGAUUUGGCUCAACAGCGGCGAGCUGAGCGACCAGAAGCUGAAGCGAUACCUCACACGACUGAACGCGGACCAGAACGUCUCAAUGGAUAAGACGGAUAUUGUUCUCAAGAAAAUGGAGAGACAAGGCUACGUGAUCAAGAAGAUAGACAGGCCACCUGUGGGCCAGGAUGGCGACCAAACAGUCAGCUGGCAUGUUGGACCCCGUGCCAAAGAAGAGGUCGGCUUGGAUGGUGUUAUGGGCAUGGUUCGGGAAGUGUAUGGAGAGUGGAAUCCCGAUCUCGAGAGUAAGCUUCGCUCUAGCUUGAACAUCAAGGAGCGGACGGCCGAUGGGGAUGAGGAAGUCGCGGAAGGGGACGUGAGUCGAAGGCAGACGAUGGAUGUCGAGGAAUGACAACGAGUAAUACCUAUGAUACCCAAAAACGUAUUCAAAAGGUCCGCAACACCAGGACAGCAGCACAACAAUGUUAAGCAAGCAUCUUAUUUGGUACCGUAUUUGUUCCCUUCCGCAGGGGUAUCUUUCCUAGAACGCC